UUUUCUUUUUAUAUUUAUAUUUAUAUUAAUAUAUUACUAUAUACAGUUUAUAUCCAAUCUUUUAUGCAACGUAAACAAAUAUACAUAGUUUUGUUUCCAAUGUGAAAGAUGCCAACUAAUUAUUAUAGGGAAAAAAAGUUAUACAAAAGAGUUUAUCUUCUUUCGUUGUACUCCCUCUAUCGGGUAAAUAAAUCACCCACCUGUCGACCAUCUUGGCGAUAUAUAAUUUCUGCUAAUAGACACUGCAAACAAAGCACGAACCGAUCGACCGUUGCUUCCUUGACAACCGGCUUUGGCGUAUACACAAAAAAGAACAUAUUUCCACUUUGUUCUCGCUUUUAUGUAAAUAAUGAACGAAUUAUGGGUAUGAACAAGGUGGACAUUGUCGGAACUUGGUAUCCGACCAGCUUUCAUGGCCAUGCUCGGAACAAGACCAGAUAUGACUUUCAAAUUGAUUACAGACAAAGAGCCAAACCAGAACCACCUCUGAAGUUUCUUAGUAGGUCUAGACAGAAUAUUAGUAAGCAUCCAUUUUCUCAACACGACAAUCGGCAUUCGUUUCUCUCCGAUGCUUUAUACUUUGAAGAGGGACUUGGUCGAAGGAGAAUAGAUAACUCAACAUGUAAAUCUGAGGUAGACUUAUUAGAUUGGAAACCUGUAAAGACAGACUUUUCAAGGCAGUCAUCUGAAUAUAAGUUUGCUUAUUCUGGAAAACCGGUUGUAAAUCGUUUAGUUAAUGAUUUAAAGAGACCAAAAACAGCCAACUUUAAACCCUUUUCAACAUCUUACUCAUCUGUACAUGGAAAUUGUACUUGGUUUCGCAAUGAACCUAUCAGGAAGCCCAACGACGGUGAUACAAUAACCAACAGAAGGAGACGAGCUGUAUCUGCCCAUCCCCAUUUAGACACAGUGGCAGCAUGCCUAUCUUGGACUUCGUCCGAAUUUGUACCAAAACCUCCGUCGUACAAAAGAUGUAGUAUACCUGCUGCUACUCAGACAACGAUGCCUCCAACCGAAAAAGAACCGGUAUCGCUUGAACCAGCAAAAGCUCGGACAGUUUGAAAAACUUGCAAAACAUUUUUAUUUUUACUUAAUAACUCUCUCUCUCUCUCUCUUUCCCUCUCUCUCCUCCCUAUUCGUCUUCCUCUUGCUAUACCUUUAUCUACUACCAUUUCCUAUUCUAUUUUUGUUUUUUUUUGUUUUGCUUAUAAACUAUAAACGAAUAGUAAUUAAUUAAUUAUUAUUGACUAUUAAUAAUAUCUAAAAUUAGACC